AUGUCUACCGCUCCCUCAAAGCAAACAAAGGCCGACACUUCCAGGGUCAAGAUCUUAACUGAGAAAGAUGUGCCUAAAGCUUCUCGCACUUUGGUCAAGUCGUUCGAGGAAGAUUCCUUGGCAAAGUUGUUGACAGACCAUAUUGAUGAUCUUGAACUCAAGAAUCAGGUUGAACACACUUUGUACGAAUGUUAUCUCAAGCAGCACUUGGAAAAGGGUAUUUGCCUUGGAAUCGGCGAAGGCACUGAGGAGUAUGAAACUGUGGCUAUCUGGUCAACUCCGACUUCGAUUGAAGAUGGGUUAGAUAGUUUUGAUAAUCUCAUGUAUGCUGGAUAUGGCAAACUUUGGGAACAAGUUGGUGAGGAAGGCCGUGAAAAGAUUUUCAGAGGAAUGUUACCUCUUUUGCAUGACACUGCUGAAAGGAUCUUGUCCACUGAUUCAAGAUUCAAAGGUAAAGGUGUUUAUACCUUGGUUUAUUUGGGUUCUGUUGCUAGCGCUCGUGGUAAGGGAAAUGUGAGAGCUAUGUUUGAUUAUAUGUUCCACAAUUACAUCGACAAACCAGGUACUAAUAACAUUGCAUAUUUGGAAAGCUCAUCUUCUGAUAACAUUCCAAUCUACAACAGAUUUGGCUUCGUCUUCUACGAAGACAUUAUGUUGGGAUCGAACGAAGAUGCAGACGCCAAAGAAGGUGAGGACUAUGCUAUCAUGAAUGUGAUGAUUCGUGGUUCUUUUGGAAAGGACUGGUCCAAGGAUCUGAACUCUGAAGCUAAAUUGUGA